GGAACAAUAUACCUGCAAUGGAAAACUAGCCCUAAAGUCACAUUCUAUGAGUCCUCCUCAUUUGUCAGAAGAUGAGAAUUUUCCAUCAAAGACAAGGGGAGAUUGUUGUACAAGAAAAAUUUCUUUUGAUGAUAGUGACCUUGAAGCUCGUCUGAACAGUUGGAAUCUUGGGCUCGAAAAUCCUAGAUAUUUACGUGAGAAGCCUGUAUCCCUUUCAUUGAUGUCACCCAAGUUAGGUUUGGCGAAAAACAGCACUACUCGAGAUGAACAAACAUUGUUCCGAAUACAUGAAAAGGAGCUGGUGGGAACAGCGGAGGCAGUAUGUCAAGUGCUAAAGGACAGAGAUAAGAAUAUCCCAACCAAACUGCUGGAGAUGAAAUCAAAAUUGAUGGAAGCUAGACUUCAUGAAGAAAAGCUGAAAUUACAGCAGAAACAUGAUGCAGAUGUUCAAAAGAUUUUGGAUAGAAAAAAUGAUGAAAUUGAGGUAAUGAAGGCCUUGUAUAGAACGAAACAGAGUGAAGCUGAAGAGACUAUUCAAAAGCUUGAAAAAAAAGUUCAGACACUUGUUCGUGAGUCACAAGUCAUUAGAGAAGCUAAGGAAAAACAAAUUGUGGAACUAAAAAAGUUAUGUGAGCAAAGUACAGAUUCCCUGAACAAUGAAUGGGAGAAAAAGCUCCAUAAUGCUGUAGCUGAGAUGGAAAAAGACAAGUUUGAGCUCCAGAAAAAACACACAGAAAAUAUCCAAGAAUUGUUGGAGGAUACAAAUGCACGUUUAAGUAAAAUGGAAGCAGAAUAUUUGGCACAAACCAAAGCAACUAACCAGAUGGUCAAAGAGCUAGAGGCCCGAGUCCAUCAGUUGACAGUGGAAGCUGAAACAAGUAAUUUGCAGCGUCAGAAAUUAUCUCAAGAGAAAAACAAUCUGGAUCAGUCUUACCAGGCUGUACGUGUGGAACUUGAAGAAAUCAAGGCAAGGCGAAACUCACUUCAGAAAGAAAGAGGGCGCAUAAUGGAAGAAUAUGAACAGAACAUUAAACAGUUACGAAGCAAGUAUGAUCUUGACCUAAAUUUGAUGAAGAAGGAGCAUGCUCUUUCUGCAGUGAAGGCAGCAGAUGUGAUUGAAGAAUUAGAGCAGUGUGUGUCUCAAUUAAAACAACAGUUACUGGAAUCAGACCAUCAAAGGCAGCAACAACUGAGGGAACAAGAGCAAACUUUUCUGCAAGAAAAAGCUAAUUUAGAGAGAAUUCAUGAAAAAAAGAUUUACGGAACACAGAGUGACUUUGAUAAAGAGAGAGUAGAGUUACACAAGAAGAUACGGAAGCUGGAAGAUGUUCUGAGGUAA